AUGGACCUUACUAAUUUACAAAAAUUAGGAUAUUGUCAUAAGGAUUUUCAUAGUGGAAAUAUAUUGCAAGAUGAUCAACAAGCAGCUUCUUACGUUUCAGAUUUUGGAUUAACAGGACCAGCAGAUAAGCAAAAUUCUAAUGACAAAAUAUAUGGAGUAUUACCAUAUAUCGCUUCAGAAGUCUUAAAUGGGAAAUCAUAUACCUUAGCUUCUGACAUCUACAGUUUUGGUGUAAUUAUGGCUGAAUUAUCAACUGGAAACCCUCCCUUUUAUGAUCGAAGACAUGAUAUGUCUUUAGCAUUAGAUGUUUGUAAUGGACUCCGUCCAGAAUUUGGAAAUGGAACUCCUGAAUUUUAUAAGAAAUUAGCUUAUAGGUGUAUGAAUGCAAAUCCAAAUCAACGACCUACAGCCUAUGAAUUAAGUUGUAUAUUAAUAUUUUGGUAUGAUUCUAUUAACGAUAACAUAUUGAAAUCUUUUAAACCCCCUUCUACGAUAAAUAAUGGUAUGAGUGAUAUGUGUGAAAAUGGUGUACCAAAAUGUACUCCAUUAAUGUAUAAUUUGGUUAAUGCUAUAUAA